AUGAUUGAGGUCCUUAUUAGUCUCGCGUUCUAUGCGUCCACGGCGAUCACGUUCCUGAUCCUCCUACUCCCAUCGCAAUACGAACCCAGACGAGCCUCAGAUUCGAAGCAGAAUGCAUCAUCCGAUUCCAAAACAAGGAUCCAAAUCCUGGUAUUGGGGGAUAUUGGCCGCAGCCCGCGUAUGCAGUACCAUGCGCUAAGCGUUGCCAAACACGGUGGUCAAGUCGAUAUCAUUGGGUAUCAUGAGUCAGAACUUCACCCCGACAUAUCUUCCAGCGCACAAAUAACCAUAGUUCCAAUUCCUCCGCACCCCGCAUUCCUACAAACUAGCAACAAGCUCCUCUUCCUCCUCUUUGCGCCGUUGAAAAUCAUAUUCCAAAUUCUCAGCUUAUGGAGAUGUCUCGCAUACCAAACCGAGCCAGCCAAAUGGCUCCUUGUCCAGAACCCCCCGUCGAUUCCUACACUCGCAAUUGUCUCCCUUGUUUGUUUCCUCCGUCACACGCACCUGGUCGUGGACUGGCAUAACUUUGGAUACUCGAUACUCGCGCUGAAGCUAGGGGAUUCCCAUCCGGUGGUUCGGUUUUCGGAAUGGUUUGAGAGGGUUUUUGGCAGAUAUGCCUGGGCACAUCUCUGCGUCACGGAAGCUAUGCAAUCUGUCUUGAAAAAGGAUUUCGCCCUGGAAGCUCCUAUAUUUCCUCUACACGAUCGGCCGGCCAGUCAUCUACAGCCCAUUCCCGAUACGCAAAUGCGGCGGGAAUUCAUCAAUUCUCUACCGGAGACAGCCUCUGCGAAGUCUGCUUUAGGAACCGAAGAUUUCCGGGUUUUGGUCAGUUCAACAUCCUGGACUCCAGACGAAGACUUCUCACUCCUCAUCGACGCACUCUGCAAAUACUCCAAGUUUGCGACUACUUCUAAACCAUCGCUACCACCAAUCCUCGCCAUCAUCACCGGCAAAGGCCCCCAGAAGGAAAUGUACCUGAAGAAGAUAUCCAAUCUCGAAAAAGCCGAACACCUCCAGAAAGUCAGCAUUCGCACCGCCUGGCUAAGCACAGAAAACUACGCCAAGCUCCUCGCAUCUGCUUCAUUGGGGGUUAGUCUACAUAGAAGCAGCAGCGGCGUCGACCUGCCAAUGAAAGUCGUCGACAUGUUCGGUGCUGGGUUACCAGUUGUGGGCUGGAACCGCUUCGAAGCCUGGCCGGAGCUGGUGACUGAGGGUGUCAAUGGGAGGGGGUUUGGGAGCGUGGACGAGCUUGUAGAACAGCUUGUGGAUCUCUUUGGGGAUUCGAAGAAGCUAGAGAAGCUUCGUACUGGCUCUCUUCAGGAAAGUGAGCGUCGUUGGGAUGAUGAGUGGGACCCUAUAGCUGGGAAAUUCCUGGGUUUAUUAUGA